AUUACUCCCAUACUUUCACAUUAAGCUGACGGGGCUGUUAACAAUAUGUCUUUAUCUGCCUGAAGCUUUUCUCUAGUUAACUUGCCGUUCAACUUAGGCUUGCUUGCCGCUUGCUAUCGGCCACCACGUAUCACUAUGCGUUCUGGACUGCCUGGCUGCACGCUUACCUCUGGCUUACCAGCCAACCUCGCGCCCUUACCUUCAACAUCGGCGGCCAUUUUCCGCCCACCGUCUGGUCCUGCGAUUCCACCGCCUUGCCGCAGUCCAACUGGGCUAAGAGCUGACGGGCCAAUGGCUGGCGGUCUCGCAGCAUGCAGCAUGACGGUGCUAGCCUCACCACUGCUGCCAUUGUCAGCCUCUGCUGGCACCGAUGGUAGCUGCGCUGCCCAGAGCCUUCGGGGCGGUGGCGAUAAAGCACGGUUUGUCGGGCAGGGCGCCAGGCCUGCCGAAGAGUACCACGAAAACGACUUUGACUGGGAGGAACAUGCGCAAGCUGUACGACACAUUGUGGAGGCACAGCAAGCGCAGGCGCUUGCCGUACAGCCAGCAGCACAGUCAACCCUUCAGAGCCAGUCUCCGGCACACAAGCAGCAUCAACAGGGGCAGACGUUGCAAGGGCAGUACUCCCAGCUGCUGCCUCAGGUGCAAGGGUUCUCGGCGCAUGGGAGCGCUCAGCAAGGGCGGGGCCUGCCCGUGGAUUGCGACCAGAACCCCAGUUGCAGCAGCGCCGGACGGGGGGACGUAGCUGCAAAGGACGGCGCCGCUGUCAGCGGUAGCACUAGCGCUUCUGGCAGAGCCCACGUGGAUAGCACAGCCCUGCCUAGCUGCGACCAGUUGUCUUUGGGUCCUCCGGAGUCCCAAUUCCAGGGAACAACAAUGACGACAGCAGCAGCAUGCCAAGGCGCAACAGCACACGAUCAGAAACAGCAAAAGGAGCAACAACCCAAUCUCCAUCUAGGGGCUCAGCGACAGUUGGUGCUGCAACAGCAGCAGCAGGAGCGGCGGCACCCAGAACCAUCGGCAACGACGACCCAUGGGUCAUAUGAAGGCUCCAAAUGGGAGGAGUUUUACCGCUCGCAUCCUUCUGCGCGCUUCUUCAAGGAGCGACGCUACCUGUUGCUCGAGUUCCCGCAGCUGCUGGGGCCCGAUGUACGGCACGUGGCCGAGAUUGGGUGCGGCUGCGGCUCCUCCAUACUGCCCGUGCUGAAAGGAAACGCCGCGGCUCGAACCACGUGCACGGACAUCUCAACCACGUGUUUAGACCAGCUCCUAGCCGCAGCAGCAUCGGAGGGCAUCGCUCCAGAGCGGCUCUCCGUCUUCCCGGCCGACGCAACCGAUCCCGCAGCCGCACCCGCUUUCGAGGGCGUCAAUGCGGACGCGCUGCUCAUCAUGUUUACGCUGUCUGCGGUGCCGCCGGCACAGCAGCACGUGAUGCUGAGUCAUGCAUGGCGGGCGCUGGCACCUGGGGGGCGGCUGAUGAUACGGGAUCACGGACUGUACGACAUGGUUCAGUUGCGGAUCCCGGCUGACCAAUGGGUCGGUCCGAACCUCUAUAAACGCGGCGAUGGCACCAUGGCCUACUUCUUCAGCACAGAGGACCUGACGCAGCGGUCAGCGGCUGCGGGGUUCACCGUCUCGGAGUGCCGGUACGUCACCGUCUUCAACCGCAACCGCAAGACGGGGCAGCAGCUGCGACGGGUCUUCGUGCACGGCGUGUUUGUGAAACCGCACGUGAGUGAAUGAGUGAGCCGGGCUGUAGGGUCGCUGCAGGAUGUGGUGGAGGUUAAGAUAGUUAUCACCGUUGUGUGACGACAACGGAAUCCAACGGUCUGCGAGUUCGGGAUCCCGCCGGAGGCUGGGUCUGCUGGGGCAAUACCCAACAGAGGGAGCUAAGAAUGGGAGGGCGAGGUGCGCGGAGGGACGACUCGUGGGUUGUUACUGUUACCAGACCAUUGCAGGUAGACGGACAACCCCUGAUUGCACAUACCUUGUGCGUAUGUUCGUAUGUUGCGCGCGAAUGCGUUUUCGGUGGACCACAUAUAUACGGUGUGCGGCUGCUACGUUGUACGGAUAUUAGACGUCAGUUGUCUUAUUGGAAGUGUGUUCCGCGUUGGCACAAUGGCCUCGGAAUCCUUUUGGUGCACGGUCGCGUACAGUCGGCACAGUAUGGAAACAUACGGUCUUCCAACGGCGGUGCCUGUGAUUUGGGUUGCUGCUGUAGCGUGAGGGGAUGAUAAUAUGCCGUACGUACUCUAUUUUGUUGACGGAUUGGUUUGGCGAAAGCAUGGAAUGCUUCACUAGGUGUUUUGACUGUACUGCAUUUGGGUAGAGUGCAUUGCCUGCAACGGGACGUGGAUAGGCAUGAUCGGUUCGAUGCGGCCUGGGAAAGGCUGUGCGCUUGCAUCUUUCGCUUGGACUCUUCUCCUCGUGCGCCGAUUGAGCGGACAUGGGCAUGCAGGCGUCGCAAGACGCGAAGGGAUUCCGAGGCUUCGUAGGUGAGGGGUAGCCUGCUACUUUCUUCUUUAGGACAGGUAUACGGAGCUUUUUGGGUUUGCAGCUUGUUGAUUGCUUGGAAUGACCUUGUGGUAUUGCAUGUCCUUAGUUUGUGACUCCACUUGUGUAUGGAGGUGGGGUGCUUACCUGCGCACGUCUCGCUCUUGGCCUUGUUGUGCCAAUCACCAAACUCUCGGCUGAGGUCAUGUGUAGAGUAGCAAGGCCUGUUUGGUAAUCGCCUUUGUGGACAGGAUGGGAGGAAUUUCCUCCCCUCUGUGCUAGUCGCAGACAGGCUGCACAGGACUGCUGACUGCAGGUUCAACAUGCCGACCGACAUGUACGACGUACGCCUUGGUGGCUUGCCGUCUUGCUCGUGGCUUCGUGGAUUCCGAUUACGCAUGCUUUCCAACAUCUUCUUCUACACGUUGCAAAGCUGCCCUGUCGAUGCGAGUACUGCGGGACGGUUAGCUCCGUGGUUGGUCGUAAUGCAAUACAUUGCAGGUUUAAAUGGCGAAUAGUACUGUGCUCACAACAACUCUUUCAUGCCGAGGCUCGCUGUAAAACACUGAAUAGCUUCGGCCACUCUUUCGUUAACACCCGUACCGGUGCCCUGUGUACUCUACUUGGUAUCAACGCCCAAACUUAGACAAGAUUGUUCUCGGAUCAAAUAAUUAGGAUAUGGCUACGUAAUUGUUAUUGGCCAGUGUUUGACCAGCUCCUUCACUAGAAUUCAGUAUCCAAAAUCGCGACUUUGGUGGCGUAACGUCAGCUUAAGUCUAACCUAGGGGCAGAAAGCCCCGCCUUAGAGAGCAGGGCGUCGAUUGGGCGUGCUCUCACGGAAUGGCACUGAUUACCAGCGCUCAGGCCUUCUCGGGCGCCCUUUCGGAUUUGCAAACCUUGUUUGGCACCCUGAAAAAGUAUGAAGCCACCUUUUCAGCGGAGGCAAAACAGCUCUUUCAGAGCACAAUUAUAUCGGCAGAUCAAGCUCUAAAGGAGCUUGAGAGCUUGCCACCAGCCGAUGAUACGUCGAUUGCUGGCUACCUGGCAACAGGUAACAAGACAAUGAGCCUGCGGGCUGUGCUGCAGCAAGUGCAGCAGGCCGUGUCAAACUUCACGUCGGGAGCAAUUCCUGUUCCCCGGAGCUCAAAGGAGGAGCUCUCGCGGGUCCACGGUCUAAUCCUCAACAUAAAGUUCGCUCUGUCGUCGGAGCAGCAGCUCUUGAUUACGCAGCUGCGGAAGUUGUGCAUAGAGGUUGAGACCCAGAAGCAGGACUUCGACGUGAUCGAGACACACCUUGAUAACACCAUGCGCAACGUACUGCAGCAAGUGCAUGGCAAGGCGACGCUCGACUCGGAGGUCCUGCAAACGGAGAUGGAGCGCUUGCAGGGGGUCAUGCUGGCCGCACGCGCGGCGGGCGUCAAGCAGCUAGAGGACAUCCUGGCCCUUGCCAUGAACAGCCUGCAGCGCCUGCACGUGUGCGAUGCGGAGAGCGACGAUGACGAGGAGGAUGGCAUUAGCGGCGGCGGGGCGGCUCUGGGCGGCGAUGACUUUGAUGACGAUGACGACGAUGACCCCUUCUUCAUGCCCAUGCCCGGGGCGAUCAAAUGGGCGGAGGCCUCCAAGUUCAUGGAACUCGCCAAGCCGCUGGCGCCGGAGCAGCCCGCGGACAAGCAGUUCAUGAUCGUCAUGGAGGACGGCCCGGAGGAGGAGGGUAACCGGGUGCCGGCGGCUUUCGCAGCGGAUAUGUUCCAAGCGCCCAGCGUCAGCACAACAGCAGAGUCGUCACCCAACGCCAUGCAGCAGCUGACGCUUGAGGACGCCGCGCAGCCCUCUGGGCAGGAGCCCGCGGCGCCGGCAGCGUCAACCGCGGAGCCGGCGGAGGAGGAGGCGGAGGAGAGCACAGCCGCGGCGAGUGCGGAGGUUGUGGGCGCGGCUGCAGCGGCUGAAGUGGUGGAGGCAGCGGAAGCAGUUCAGGAAGCGGCCGUAGCUGGCGGUGUGGUGGCGGAGGAGGCGGUUGCAGACAGCGCUGCAGCUGCGGUUGCGCCCGUUGAGGAAGAGGUGGCAGGGACGCCAGCGGAGGCGGAGCUUCAAGAAGCAGUUACGGAGCCGGCGGAGGGGGCGCCGACUGCCGCCGAGGCGUCUGCUGCUGCGCAAGCGUCCGUUGCCGAAGCUACUGCGGAGCCUUCGGUUACGUCGCCACGGCCACGUCCAGCUGCAGGGGCAUCAGCCCCACCGCCCGUUGCCGCCCCGGAGACCACAGCAGCAGCAACAGCACCUCCCGCCGCCGCUCCCAGACCGGGGGCGCCCGCACCCGGGCAGGCGGCCGCUGGGGGCACUCCGGAGACCGCCAACCCGGAGAAGCUUACGGAUUUCGUCAACUUCCUCAACGGCGAGAACCCCGGGGCCUGCAUGUUCCAUGCGCAGAUGCGGCUCUCGCCCGAAGGCUGCACCAAGCUGGCAAACUUCCUGCGCAGCAGCGCGCGUGUGCGCGCCCUGUCGCUCUCGCACAACUACCUAGGGGAUGCGGGCCUGCGCCUCAUAUGCGAGGGCCUGCGUGAAAACAGGUCCGUCACCGCGCUCGACCUGCCGGACAACAACAUCACGGACAUCGGCGCCGCCAUCCUGGCGGAGGCCAUCAAGGACAACCCCAGCCUCACGCAACUGCAACUGGCGUAUAACAAGAUCGGGGACCAGGGUGCCAUCGCACUCGCGCAGGUCAUCCGCACAAGCCACAGCCUCAAAAAGCUGGGCCUGGCGUUCAACAACAUCGGCAAGGUGGGCUGCCAGGCGCUCACCGCCGCCAUCUCCAGCAACCAGUCCCUCAAGCACAUGCAGCUGCUGCCGGGGAACCCCGUGGAGGAGAAGGACGCCAAGGCACUUGCCAAGGCACUUAAGCGCAACAACAAGUUCAGCAUCAAGCAGCUGCUGGGCUUGAAGGGCGACGCGUAAGGCCCCGGCAGGGACGCUGCGGUUUGUGAGCUGAACAUGGCAGUUGCGGCAGUCCCGGCGGAGGCGCUGUUGGGGCCGGUGUAUUGUUCCACCACAUCAUACAAAAGGGUGCAUGUGGGUGACUGUGGUUGCGGGUAUAACGGGACCAAAGAAAGGGCUGUGGGACUGGAUUAGAGAGUUUGCCAGAUUAGGAAUGUGGAGGCAUGUGGAAGGCGCUCUUUGUAUCGGUGUUACGUCUGAAGGUGUGUUGAGUGGAGGGGUUGUUACGUAAUGGGGGCUUGAGCACGGCAGCAAUGCUGAGCUGCCCAGGACCUCCCGUGCGUGCAACCUUUCGGUAAGGCUAGCUGCAGGCGUGAUGCAUUGGUGAGUGUGAGGUGCAUUGCGCUUUCCAAGAGCUGAAUGUGCAGUCAAGGCCGGGAGACUCGACUGCUGACAUGUUCGCAUAACUGGGCAGUGACAGUCCGUGCGCUAAUGACCAG